CGCUCCGAUUUUUAUUAUCACUCCUUCUUUUCAUCUUCCACACACACACACUUCUACUUUCUCUCUCAUCCUUUCUCUCUCUCUCUCUCUCCAUGAAUAUUUUUUAACACUACUCAUGAGGGAAUGCAAAAUGAAGAAUAAAGAAAAUGAAGGUGUGAAUGUGAGGGUGACUCGAGCAAGGGCAAGAGCCAUGAAAGCUUCUUCAACAAACCAAAACCAAAACCAAAACCAAAAUGUUGUUGGAGUUGGCCUCACAGAUGUAACUAACUCAUCACAUCUUAAACGUUUUCAGACGUCAAAUUUUCAGGAAAAAGAAGGUUGUAAGAAGAGAAAGACCAAGGUAGCUUCAGAUCGUGUACCCUUACAAGUUUUGACAACCCAAGAAGAUGUUAAGACAGAGUUAGCUAAAGAAGAUUCAUCUAAAAAAGAGAUGAAAGUGUCAUUGCAACCCUCAGUUGAAAUGGAAUCUCUCCUGCUUUUAACGCAGGACUCUGUCAGCUCUCCAAAUAAAGACGUAAAUAUGAUAUGUGAGAAACUAAGAGCCUCAGCUGGCUUGGGAAUUGUGGACAUUGAUUCAGAGUUAAGGGAAAAGGAUCCUCUAAUUUGGAGUUCUUAUGCCCCAGAUAUAUAUAAUACUAUACAUGUCAGAGAGUGUGAAAGGAGACCAUUAGCCAAUUACAUGGAAAAGUUGCAGCAAGACAUCAAUCCAAAAAUGAGGGCAAUUCUGGUUGAUUGGCUUGUGGAGGUUUCUGAGGAAUAUAAACUAGUUCCGGACACACUUUACCUUACAGUGAAUCUCAUUGAUCGGGUCCUUUCCCAACGUUUGAUAACAAAACAAAGGCUCCAGUUGCUUGGUGUUGCUUGCAUGCUAACUUCUUCUAAGUAUGAAGAGAUUACUGCUCCUCAAAUAAAAGAGUUCUGCUUCAUCACAGAUUAUACAUACUCAAAAGAAGAGAUACUGAAAAUGGAGAGAGAGGUACUAAAUCUUCUGAAUUUUCAAUUAGCUGUUCCUACGAUCAAAACAUUUCUCAGGAGGUUCAUCCAAGUAGCACAAACUUCGUACAAGGUUGUUUAUGCUGAACUGGAAUUCCUGGCAAAUUAUUUGGCAGAGCUUUCUCUUGUUGAAUACAGCUUCUUGCAGUUUCUACCUUCCAAGAUAGCUGCAUCUGCUGUAUUACUAGCCAGAUGGACUCUCCACCAGUCAGAACAUCCAUGGAAUCCAACUCUAGAGCACUAUACAAAUUACAAAGCCUCAGAGCUUAAAAAUACUGUCCUUGCACUUUUAGAUUUGCAGCUUAACACAGAAGGCUGUUGUCUGAAUGCUGUGCGCGAAAAAUAUAAACAACAGAAGUUCAAAAGUGUGGCAAAUUUGUCUGCGAAACCCGUGGAAUCUCUUUUCUAAUUUCAAUUUUAGAGGCUAAAGACUGAAGAAUGACAUUAGGAAUUUCUUAAUCAACAUUAGUGGAAAGUGAGAUUAUGUCUGGCUGUAAUUAUUUAGCCAUCUAAUUAUUGUUAUUCAUUUCCAAUUAUGGUUUAUUCCGUAGUUGUGACUUGUAGGCUGGUACCAAACUCUGGUGCUUUUUUGUUUCUUUGUAACUUGAAUGAUACAAUGACAGCAGAGAAUUUCAUUGAUAAUAUUGUUACAAUCAUCCUUGGUUAUUUAUAAUAAAACAAAUUUCGGAUA